UUGUUGGGUCGCAAUGUCACGCGGUAUGCAAUUUACUCUCCUCCUUUAGGGACGACUACAAACGAAACGACUUGACUUGGCGGGUCAUCUGUAUUAUAAAGCAACUAACAAGAGGGAAACUUCAUACUGCAACCACAACUUUCUCAAGUCAUGUUGAUCACAUCCUACUCAAUGCCUUUUACGGUAGGCUUUGUCCUUGCCAUGGCAUUUGUUGUUGCUCAAGCACAACAAAUGCAGUCGAAUAUCAGCCGCGGAUCUUCCUUAACGCCGACUACCAACUCCUCGUGGUUGUCACGUUCUGGUGUAUACGCCUUUGGAUUUUACAAGCAAGGAAAUGGCUAUGCUGUGGGGAUAUUUCUUGCUGGAAUCCCCCAAACAACUAUAGUGUGGACUGCGAAGCGAGACGACUCUCCACUUCCCACCAAUGUUACUUUGGACUUCACAAGUGAUGGGUUUUCCUUGAAACCAACACCAGGCCAAAGUUUCAUCAUAGAGUAUACCUCCGGUUCUUCGGCUUCCAUGCUUGAUUCGGGCAAUUUUGUGAUAUACAAUGCUCGUCAAGACAUAGUAUGGCAAAGUUUUGAGCACCCGACUGACACCCUUUUGCCGGGUCAGAUCCUGUUUGCUGAGGACGAGCUGUUCUCUGCUAAAUCAGAAUCUGAUCACUCAACUGGCAUUUUCCGCCUCAAAAUGCAAGCCGAUGGAAACCUUGUCCAAUACCCUGUAAAUACUCCAGACACACGUGCAUAUGCCUACUAUUCAUCUAGAACGUCUUGGGGAGGAAAGAACGUGACACUUAAUUUUGGUGCUGAUGGCCAUCUCUACUUGCUAAAUGAUACCCGUUCGAACAUCAGGAAUAUAACGGAUGGAGGUCUUCCUGCUGAUCAAGCAACAAUUUAUCUUAUGAGAAUUGAUGCAGAUGGAAUAUUUCGAUUGUAUUCGCAUGAUUUGAAUCACAACGGGAGCAAGUCAGUGGUAUGGGAAUCUUCCAACGACAAGUGUGACCCUAAAGGUGUAUGCGGAUUAAAUCGUUAUUGUGUCUUACAAGAUCUUGAAGCUGAAUGUAUAUGUCUUCCAGGAUUUGUACCUGCCAAUCAGAGAAAUAAGACUUCAGACUGUAGGAGGAUAGUUGCAGAUGUUUGCGAAUACAAAAACGAAACUUUCCCGAACACCAUGGAAGAACUGCAACGCACAAUAUGGGAAGACAGUUCGUAUGUGGAUUUGCCAUUAUCAGGCAGAGAAGCUUGCAAACGAGCCUGUUUGGAGGACUGUAAUUGUGAAGCCGCGAUUUUCAAUGGUACAAGCUGCAGAAAGCAGAGGCUUCCUUUGAGAUAUGGAAGAAGAGAUGUUGAUACUUCAAACGUAGCUCUCAUCAAGGUAGCUACAUCUACAACUACUCCAGAUACAAAUAGAAUUGUGGACAAAGGAAGCAAGAGAAAAGGAAGAACGGACAUCCUGAUUAUUAGUCUCUUGCUUGCUGCUUUCGGAUCUAUUUUGUUUGCAAUUUCUGUAGUUGUGCUUUGCAAACAUAAUGUGUGGGGGUAUAAAAGAGUGAAUACUCCCAUUCGUGACUCUGAAUUCAACGAGGACAUCACUCUGCGACCAUAUACUUAUGAAGAGUUAGAGAAGAUUACCAACAAUUUUACAGAAGAGGUUGGAAGAGGCGCGUCGGGAACAGUUUAUAAAGGAGUGAUCUUGGCUAGCCAAAAGCCAGUUGCUGUCAAACGACUGGAGAAAGUUGCAGCUGAAGGCGAAAAAGAAUUUCAGAAUGAGCUGAAAGUCAUUGGGAAAACCCAUCACAAGAAUUUAGUCCGUCUGCUGGGAUACUGUCUUGAUGGACCAAAAAGACUUUUGGUAUACGAGUACAUGAGCAAUGGCUCACUUGCAGAUGUACUCUUCGCACCUGACAGACAGCCUUGUUGGGAAGAAAGAAUGAGAAUUGCUUGCAACAUAGCACGAGGAUUUCUUUACCUCCAUGAAGAGUGUGAUACACAGAUUAUUCAUUGUGACAUAAAGCCCCAAAACAUUCUGAUGGAUGAGUACAUGUGCCCCAAAAUAUCAGAUUUUGGAUUGGCAAAGCUGCUUAAGGCAGACCAAACAAGAACCACAACUGGCAUCAGAGGAACCAAGGGAUAUGUUGCACCAGAGUGGCAUAGGAAAAUGCCAAUAACAGUUAAAGCUGAUGUUUACAGCUUCGGAAUUGUUUUGUUGGAGAUCAUAUGUUGUCGAAGGAAUGUGGAUUGGAGUCUUCCAGAGGAGGAGGCUGUUUUGGAUGAAUUAGCCUACACCUGUUUUGAGAGUGGUGAGCUUGGAAAACUAGUGGGUGAACAAGAGGUCGACACAAGGCAAUUUAAACGGAUGAUUAAAGUGGCACUUUGGUGCGUCCAGGAUGAACCGUCGUUGCGUCCUUCUAUGAAGAAGGUUUUACUCAUGCUUGAAGGAACUGUAGAAAUCCCAAUCCCUCCCAGUCGUAACUCUAUUCUCAGCACCAUCUAAAGUCAAGUGAGUGAUAUGUACUUUAGUGAUCAGAAAACUGAUCAAACCUUACAUUUAGUUUAUGUAAUAAAAUUAAUAAGCAACGUGGUGAGUUUCACCGCAAGCUUCGCUGUCUGUAAGUGUCUGUGUCGUCAUGAAUGAUAUGCUCUUAAAAACUA